GUCUCUCCUGGUUGUCCAGGCAGUGCUGCAGCUCUGCAGCCCAGUCAUCCUUUCAGACCCCCUGCUCUACAUCUCUCAGCUGGAGGAGGGGCAGUAAGCCCCCAGCAAGCCCUGGCUCAACCCUCUGCUGGAAGAUGUGGUCCCUGAUCUGGACAUCCACAGUCCACCCAGACUGACAGAGACCUCAGAUCUAGAUCCCCAGUUCCCUGACUCCCUGUUUAUGUAUGGCGAGAACGCCAACCUCAAAUGGGUAAAAUGGGAAGGGUCCCUCCCUAAUGGUGCUGUGGGCAUCUACAAUGGUUACACUGAACGACACGACUACAUCUGCAAAGUCAACUGCGAAGCCGGCUUCUACACCGCAAGCAGCCAGUACCCCUACACUGACAAGGAGUAUUCAUCCUCAAAGUUCGAAGUCCUGGUCAACGUGGACAACUUUGAAUUUGUGGAGUGGAUCGAGGAGAAAUACGGUGCUGUCCUCCAAUAUGCUGUCAAGACCUGCCCAGGCAUUGAGAUAUACACUACCGUUCAAAAGAGGCUGGUGGAGUCCAUCAGCCACUCCAUCUCUGUGGAGCUGCUGGUCCCUCCCAACCACUCCUGUGCCGUGCGGAUGGAGGGCAGGAAGAUGACAGCCAACAUUCCCUUCACGGGUAGACUGAGCCGGACCUACCAUAAUGGAGACACCCACUGGACCACCAUCACAGGGAUUUAUGAUGGUGUGAGGGUGGGGGAGAUCAAUGCCGUCGUAGAGAGAUGCCAGCCUGUCUCUGAUGCCAUCCCCUGCUACCCCGAUGAGACAGACUACUGAGACAGAAUUCUAGAUCUGUGAACUUUGAACUCCAAUGUGCCUGUGGUAUCCCUCCAGACACAAAGUGAAGAAAUUACCCUUAUGUCACAAUAACUUUUCAUCAGACAGGAAUAAACUGAUAUAUCUGCAUAUUCAGAUAAAACAGCCAGUUAAUUUAUUUUAGUGUUUUUGUGUCAAGAAAAGCAAUUUUUGCCGUAUGUUUC